UCAAAUAUGGACGCUGUCUGCUGUGUCAUUUUAUAAAUACUUUUUUUAUUGUUAUUAUUUUGUAGCAGAUAGACUCUUUUAUUUAUGGAAAACAUGCCGUUCCCCAAAGAAACUGUCUGAGCUGUCAUCAACUCCAGCGAUGCCUUCAAGUUUGCGGAGGCUGUGCUACUACUACAUGGCCCUCAUCAAGUACAGACCCCAUCAUUGGACUGUGCUCUCUCAGAGCAAAACUUUGCACUUCACUGCCUGUGGACUGCAAUGUUCAACCCCUGAGUCUCUGUCCACCUUCAAUAGUGUGGACCAGACACAGACUGUCUCAGAUCCAGCAGACCAGGGUCCUCCAUUUCCCCCCACCUGCUGUUGCAUGAGCGGCUGUCAUAACUGUGUGUGGAUCGAACAUGCAGAAAAGCUGUUGAAAUAUUACAGUGAUGGUGGAGACAGAGCUCUGGAAGCAAUUGAGGAGAACGUUCUCGAUGACAACCUGAAGACUUAUCUUAAAAUGGAGAUCAAACUGAUGAAGAAGUCAUGAUGAUGGUGGUGAUAGAUUUAGGCCCUGAAUUUUGAAUCAGUGUUUUGUAGCAGCAAACAAGAUAUUUGCACAACUAGAACAGGAGUGAAUUUUUGUAGGUGAAACUCUCAAAGCCUGUGAAAAUUAGGUCUGGGUCAUAUUUCACUUCAAAAUCAAAAAAGAAAGAUUAUGUUUUGCCUAAAGAAAAAUCAGCCUAUUUUUUAGGACUUUUUUAGAUUUUUUGCAUUGUGACAUUAUUUUUAUAACAGUCGCACAUUGACUCAAAUUCUUAAAACCACAAUGC